AUGGUGAAUGUUUUUUUGCUGCAUCGAGGCAUGGAAGUUCAUCGUCAAGCUGAGGCUGGGAUGGGAAUAGAUGCAAUCCAUCGUAACGUCUACGUGGGGAAUGCUCUCAUCGACAUGUACGUGAAGUGCCGGAGCAUGGUGCGUGCUCAAGAGGUGUUCGACAGGAUGAAAACUCGGGAUGUGGUCUCUUGGAACCAAUCUCGCAGCCAAGGAAGAAGCUCGGAAUCCACAAGAGAAGCUCAGGUUUCUAGUAACGGGUGUGGCGAUCUAUGGCAUUUGCCUGCUGCGGGCAAAUGCGUUCCAGAAGAAAACAUUUCCAUCUUCCAUUUUGUGGAGGACACCCAAGGCAUCCGCGGCGCGCCCGCACUUUCCAUACAUUUCCAUGACGAAAUUCGCGAGGAAUCUGUGACGAUCAGAGCAGCGUCUCCUCCUCGUCGUCAAGAACAAUGCAGAGUUUUCGACCGUGUGAAGCAUCGCGACGUUGUUAUCUGGAACACAGUGAUCUCGGGAUACACACAGAACGACGAAAGUGAGGCUGCUCUAGAGCUGUUUGAGGCUCUCUUGUGCGAUGGUGGUAUUUCUCCAACCAGCUUGACAGUCGUCGCGGCUUUCAAGGCUUGCGGCAGUCUUGCAGUCAAGAACAAAGAAAGGGAUCGAACGAGAGCAUUGGAAAUCACCAUAGUUGUUCAUCGUGAAGCUGUGACGAAGCUGGAUGCCUCCGAGUGGGACGCUUACAUGACGAGAAGCGUGAUCGAUGCGUACGCCAGGUGUGGGAGGCUGGGCAAUACCGGUCAGCUUCGCAACGUGGUCUCGUGGAACGUCUUGAUCCUUGGCUUCGCGGAGAACGGCGAUGCUAGACGGAGAUCUCAGGUUGUUCCACAGGAUGAGACGCGAAGGCUGCCGACCAAACGCAUCAACGUACGUCGCGGUGCUGAAAGCUUGCAGCAUUCGAGUCUAGAGCUUGGGAGCAACGUCAAGGCUCUGAUCUACCGUGGAGGCAUUGAGGAAGAUGGAGUUUUGGCUGGAACCCUGGUUGACUUUCACGGCAAAGCUGGAGACAUGGUUUCCGCUCGCCAGCUAUUUGACUCGCUAGCGGGAGAUGGUGACGAGGCCUGGAGUGCGCUGAUCGCCGGAUACAGCAGGCAAGGGGACGCAAGCCAAGCGCCGACGCUGUUUUACGAGAUGGUAAACUCUGGCAUCAAACCGCAUGGUAUCACAGCUCUCGCAGUUCUAACCACGGUGGUUUCGUCGAGGCAGGGAAGAAGUUCUUCCAAGAAAUGCCAUCCAAAUACGGCAUUGUCCCCGAAGUGGAGCAGUUCCACUGCGUUGUCGAUCUUCUCAGCAGAGCAAACCAGCGGGAAGAAGCGCUCGCGCUGGUUCAAGGUAAUGACGAAGCGGUGGAACUUUGAACCUAAAACCGCUUGUGGUGCGUGA